AGAGAGAGAGAGAGCGCGAGCGCGAGUAGCGUGAAAAAGAAAAUCGCGCAGCGCUACACCAGAGCAGUAUAGUGGUAGAUAGUUGGGCUACGGGUGCGACUCUCCGACGCUCUACAUAGAGCCACUUAUUGGACGUCGAGUCGAGACCUGCACGAGAGAGAGAGAGAUAAUACAAUAAAGAGCUAUAGGAGCUCGCGCGCGGCGACGUGUGCUUCCAUGUAUACAACAGCGCGUAGGAGCUCGCUUGCGUCAGUAUAGAGUAUACGAUAAUCGUUGGGAGGAGAGCAAGUGCAGUAGUAUAGUGCCUCUGUUGUUUUGUGUGCGGCUGCAGCAGCCGAGGAAGAAGUAGCAUGCAGUCGAGGAGUGUCUGAUAAAUAACGACGCCGAAGAGGAAAAGCGCCAUGGACCAUCGUCAGCGGGUCAGCAGCUUCUGAGGAUCACACAGAGAGACACGCGCGUAGAGCUAAAUAGAAGAGAGGGGCCAUCGCUAGAAGAACUUGCUGGCGCUGGACUACAAUGUGGAUUAAUAGUCGAGAGACGAUGAAUUCCAUGGAUCAGCUGUUUGAUGACCUCAUACAAGAAUGUAAGCAUGCUGCACCAGGUGCUCGGCUCACGUAUCUUCUGAGAAACCGUCUGGAGAAGUGCAAGCCCGAUGACCUGAAGGAUCUGGUCAGUCGCACCAAGGAUGGCUGUGCUCCCUUAUUCAUAGCUUGCAAAAGAGGUCAUGUGGAAAUUGUUGACUACCUUAUAAAGGUGUGUCAUGCAGAUAUUGAACAAAGAGGUCUCUACGAGGUACCUGAUGACCGUUCAGUUCACUGUGUGACGCCUCUCUGGUGUGCAGCUGUAUCUGGAAAGCUACCUGUUUUGAAGUGCUUAAUUUCAAAUGGAGCCAAAGUCAAUGCUGUAUCAGAUUCUGGUUCUACACCUGUCAGAUCUGCUUGCUUCAUGACCCAUCUUGAUAUCGUUUCGUACCUGGUCGAGAAUGGCGCGGACAUUCUAAAGACGAAUCACAACGGCGGCACGUGUCUGAUAAAUUCCGUACAGAGCGUGGAACUUUGCACCUUUCUCCUUAAGCACGGAGCCGAUGUUAAUGCCACAGAUAUCCAAAAUAAGACCGCCCUACACUACGCUAUUCAGGAGCAUAGAUUCGAAACCACAAAGCUCCUGCUAGAUUAUAACGCCAGCCCUCACCUCAAAUCCAGAUACAAUGACGAUGCUCUGCAAACGGCCUGUCUCAAGGGAGCAACGCAGAUCUUCGAUUACCUGAUCGAAAAGAUAUACUACACGCCGGAGCGACUGGCAGACGCACACGAGCUCAUUGGUACGACGUUCUUCGACGAACACAGUGACACGCAGACGGCCCUCAAGUACUGGCGCAUUGCUCUGGCGAUUCGUAAUGCCAACGGCGAGGAUGGCGCCCCCUUGGCCAAAAGACCAGUCUACCCGAAGCGCGACACCUUCCGCAAUGUCACCGAGUUCACGACCCUCGAUGAACUCAACUCUAUAAUGCUCGACCUCGAUGCUAUGCGCAUGCAGAGUUUGCUUAUUUGCGAAAGGAUACUGGGUCCCUAUCACAAAGACACCCUGUUCAGGCUUAUGUUCCGGGGUGCCUCUUAUGCCGACGGUUUACGCUAUCAGUAUUGUAUAGAUUUGUGGAGACGUGUUUUAGAAAUUCGCGUUGACAAGGAUUCCAUUUUUUACACCGAUACCUGCUUCACCGCUCAAGCUCUUGUCCGACUUAUGAUUGACUUGAAUGAAAAAGCGUUAGAAAUAGACCGCAACCGAGAAAAACAGCCAAGAUUCUGUGAUGUUGUUGCAAUAUUUAAAUUGCUGACCGCCCCUCUCAUUGAAGCAAGGCAAUUGCUUGAGCAACGACCAGUGCAUAAAAAGCAACGAGAGAAUUAUGAUCGCAUAUUAAAGUGCGUCACACACUUGAUAUAUUUGCUCAUCGAAACAGCGUCGACGCCUGCAGAGGAAUUUGAAACCAGAAUGUUGGUGCACAAGUUGGUUAAGAAAAACCCCAGAUCUUCUUCUACAGAAGACACACUUCUGCAUCUUUGCGUCUCAAGUCUGAAUACAAUCAAUUCAAGUUAUUUCACUGCUGAAGAUGUUCAAAAAAUAUUCCCUCACUUAGAAGUGGUGGAACUUCUUAUCAAAUCUGGCGCACAUGUUAAUGCUCGAAAUGAAUCUCGAUCUACACCUUUACAUGUAGCAAGCAAUGUUUACAAUUUCCAAAAUUCGUUGAUUAAAUUAUUAUUGGACCAUGGAGCACACUUGGACACUCCGAAUAAAGCGGGCGAUACUCCAGCUCGUUUAAUAUCUUCGAACUCUGUAAAUAGCAUUAAUCUUGUUAAUUAUACAACUCUUCAGUGCCAUGCCGCUCAAGCUAUAAUCAAGUAUGGUCUCAAAUGCACGGAACUGCCUGUUACACUACAUCAUUUUCUCGAGCUCCAUCGGGAAUGAUUUUAAAUUAUUACAUACGAUUUAGCUUUGUUAAGAGACGUUUAUUCGAAAUUUUUAAUUUUGUUACGUUUUAACAGUUUGUACAAUAUGUAUUAAUUGCCAAUAUAUUAUUCAUUAUUCGUUAAUUUCAGGGGUUAAAAUCGAAACGGAGAAAGUGAAACGUUGUGUUUAUAGAAGAACGUAGGAUUUGUUCUAGAUUCUUUAAUUUCCUAUAAGAAUUUUCGAUCCGACGCGUUAGUUAGUUAGCCGUCGGGGCGCUGCCGGGCCUCUUGAUACUUUUAAAGGGGCAACCAAUGAAAUUUCUAUCUUAGCCCUGUGAAUUUCAUAUUAAUUUUUCUUUUCGAUCGUUUACAAAGUUCAAAAGUUGUCUUUUUUUAACGCUGAAUUGAAGUACAGAUGAAAUGCUAUAGAUUCUGAAUGUUAGAGCGAGAGAAAAGAAUGAAAACGAAAAAAAAAACAAAGACCAGAAAUCUUUGUAUAUUUAUCUUUAAUUGAAAGGCUGCAGAAUGUUGUAUCUCUCUAUACGAGAUCUACACACGUGAUACAUAGUUAAAUACAUAUGUAAGUCUUAUUGUUAAAUUGAAAGCGUUUCUUAGGCGUAAAUUUAGCGAGAGUGAAUGAAAAAGAAAAAAAACAAAUAUGCCAUAACACCAACGAGAUUACUUCUCAUCGAUACUUUGCACACUUCCAUGAAAAGUAAUUUCUAGUGCGAUUAGUACAUUAACAUCGUUUUCAGUUUAUAAUACAAUAACUGUUACUAUAGUAAUAAUAUUACUUAUUAUUAAUAAUAAUAAUAAUAAAAAGAAUAUCAAAUAGUAUAUCUAAUGAAUCUUCACUUUUUAAUGAUGUGUAUGUUUUUUACACUAUAACGACGACUCGUUUUUUACAAACGAACUUAUAAUGUACAUUAUAUACACGUGCGCUCGCGAUCCUUAUAUACUUCACACUUAUUAUAAUCCGUUUUUUCCUUCAACAAACGUACAAUUUUAUUUCAAUUUUGUCGCGAGAGCUCGUGUUUUUUCUUUUGUUUUCAAAGCAGGAACGUCAAUUCUAAAUCUCUUGAAAUAUAAUACUUAAGCAAUACUUGAUCGUGUGAUUGUAUAAAAUAUAUUUACAGCUCGAAGUGAACAAGCUUGAGGUGCAAAUUAUUAUUUGAGAACAAUAAAGAAACGUCAUAACUCAG